GGGUUUUGAUAACUUAAUAUAUUUGCAACUCAUGAGUGGGGCUUUUGUUUUCCUUGCAGUGCAGGUGUACCUGUCCAAUGAAUCCAUAUGAGGAGGAGGAGGAGGAGGAGGAGGAGGAGGAAGAACAGCGGCCUUGUGAAAACCCUGUGGAUGGACAAUAUGGCAGCCAGACUGAAGGGACUCAGAGGUGUACACUUGCAAUGAUUCAGUGUGAGGAGGAGGAGUUGAAGGAUAAGCUGACGGAGGAGGAGAAGGGGGAGAAGUGGCUGGAACAGAAGCUGCAGGAGUGUCGGUGUGAGAAGCUCCCAGCACCGCCGCCGCCGCCGCCGCCGCCGCCACUACGGGAGCGGCUGCAGGAACACCGGCAGGAGCGGCUGAAAGAGUGGCGGCAGCGGCGGCGGCAGCGGCGGCGGCAGCAGAGAGAGCAUCUGGAAAUGGGACGUUCUGAGUCAAUCCAGAGAUUCCUUCUGGAAAUGGAACAUUAUUUCUCUGUUUUGAGAAUGCUUGUUAAACAGAAACAUUCUGCGUCUAUCAAGAGAGAGCUUCUGGAAAUAGAACGUUGUGUGUCUGGUUUGAGAGACUUUCUGGAAGGGAGACGUUCUGCGGAUAUUGAGAGAAAGCUUGAGGAAAUGGAACUUUGUGUUUCUGCUUUGAGAGACUUUCUGGAAAUGGAUCAUUCUGUGUCUAUCCAGAAAGAGCUUCUAGGAAGUAAACAUUCUAUGUCUACCCGGAGAUUCCUUCUGGAAAUGGAACAUCAUGUGUCAGGUUUGAGGCAGAGUGAAGAGAAGGAGAAGAUGACGAAGAAGAAGAUGAUAGAGGAAGAGAAAAAGAAGGAGGAGCUGAAGAAGAAAGGGGAGGAGCUGAAGAAGAAAGAGGAGGAGCAGAGGCUUCUCUCUGGAAACCCCCUGUGUGGACAACAUGCGAGCAAGAUUGAAGUUCAGAGUUCAGACUCCAGUUCUUCCUCAGAGGAGAAGGACGGUGAAGCAGCAGAUGGUGGUGAUUUGGUCCAGUCUUCAGACAAUCCGGCAAAUUCCUCUGCGUCCAGUGGCUUCAAGAGCAACAGGCCAAAAAAGAAGGGCUUUAAUUUAAAAGAAAACUCUCUCAAGGAAGAUUCCUCUGCGUCCAGUGGUUUGGAGAGCGACAGGUCAAAAAAGAAGGGCUAUAAUUUCAAAGGAAACUCUCUCAAGGCAGAUUCCUCUGCGUCCAGUGGCUUCGAGAGCGACAUGUCAAAGGGGAAGGGCUAUAAUUUCAAAGGAAACUCUGUCAAGUCAGACUCCCGUACUUCCUCAGACAGGGAGGAUGGUACAGCAAGAUGAUGUUGAUUUGGUCCAGUGGGCGCAUUGCCAUGGUGAUACGUUGUUAACCUGUAAAUGAUGAUAUGAUAUGUUUCGGAAUGAAAAAAUCCUACACGUUAACCAGCGAAGUCACACGGAACCCACAUUUGAAAGAAAGGUCUCCCAUCAUGCAGCAAAGGGUGCACCUUCAACAAGCACCUUCAACAAGCUGGCAUUGGUGCUCACUCGGUGUUGGACAGUUUAACAACCUCCUACCAUUCCGCCCUCAUUGGUUUCGGAUGGCACUCAAUGUGGCGGACCCUCCGCAUGAAUGCGCAAACAAAGUGGAAGUAGUUUGUUGCUGUGUAGUUGACAGUAGAAAUGUAUUUUACUUUUGCAUGCUUUCUCUUUUCUUACUCUUUACUCUGACAAAGUAUAUAACAAAGUAUAUUUCUUGAGUGUAACUGCUUACAUGCAUUGCUAAAUCAGUUUAUAUUGUGUCACUUAAGUGUAUCCUAUAUGGUGAUCACGAUGCCUUGAUGUACUGAGAUUAUAGGUCAUAUGAAAAGUUCUGAAAAUGAUUUAUGUACUGUUAUUUGUUACAAAAUAUUUAGAAUGAUAGAAGAUGGUCUUUUGUUUUAACACUUGGAGACUUGAUGGAAAGUAAUAUGUUAACAAGUAAUGAACAUGAGGUUUCUAAGAAUUUAAUAAGGAUGAUAAAUAAUUGAACGAUUAUGAAAGCUAAAGUGCCAAAAGUUUUUAAUAAGAAAUGGGAGUUGUAACAGAAAAAAGUGAUUGACUUUGAGAUUUCACUCUUACAUUUUACUGAUUUACGUUAACAUUACUUUGAUAUCACAAUAGGUAAUCAUUUUUACUUGUUUUUUUGUUACUAAUUAUUACUCAUUUAUUACACAGUUGAUUUGAGUUUCAUGAAAGUUAAAUCAGUUAAUCACAUGAUCAUGGUGUGUUGCCCAUAACAAGUGUAUUUCUUAUAAUAAAUGUAUUGAUUGAUUAA